AUGGAAGGCGUCUAUUUGUCGCGUGCCAUCGUUAAAGUAAACAAUAACAACGAGGCUUACGCCACCAUUUUGAAUACAAGAACGACUGAUGAAACAAUUGAACCAAUCACGGUUCGCCUUGAGAAAGCUUCAAAACAGUGUUUCCAAAUAAAAAGUCUAGAACCACGACAUAAAAGGAAAUCAAUAAUAAGUAACCAUUUGAGGUUAGAGCAUCUUAAUGAAGAAGAAAAAACAUCAAUAGUUAAAAUUUGUGAAUCUUAUUCCGAUAUUUUCCACUUACCCGGAGAUUAUUUAAGUUCGACAGAGGCAAUUGAGCAUAAAAUCAAUACUAUUAAUGAAAAUCCUAUUUAUACUAAAACUUACAGAUAUCCAGAAAUACACAAAAGAGAGGUUAACAAACAGGUGACCGAUAUGCUGAAACAAAACAUUAUAAGACCUUCCAAUUCUCCUUGGUCGUCUCCAUUAUGGGUUGUUCCAAAAAAAUCUGAUGCUUCUGGAGAGAAGAAAUGGAGAGUAGUAAUUGAUUAUCGAAAAUUGAAUGAAGUUACAGUAGAUGACAAAUAUCCUAUUCCUAAUAUUGAAGAAAUUUUAGACCAGUUAGGGCGUUCAAAAUAUUUUACUACUCUAGACUUGGCUUCCGGUUUUCACCAAAUUCCAUUGAAUGACGAUGACAGUAAAAAGACAGCUUUUACAACUCCUUUUGGACACUACGAGUACACGCGUAUGCCUUUUGGACUGAAAAAUGCCCCAGCUACUUUUCAAAGACUAAUGAAUACCGUUUUAUCCGGUUUACAGGGACUACAAUGUUUUGUUUACCUUGACGACAUCGUGAUCCAUGCUGCUAGUAUUCAGGAACACGAAGUUAAGUUAAGGAAAAUAUUCGACAGACUCCGACUAAAUAAUCUCAAAUUACAGCCGGACAAGUGUGAGUUCCUAAGAAGAGAAGUCGUUUACUUGGGACAUACUAUCAGUGACGUAGGCGUCAGACCAAACCCAGACAAAGUACAAGGAAUUAACUCAUUCCCUAUCCCGAAAAGUACUAAGGACAUAAGGUCUUUCUUAGGUCUGGUAGGUUAUUAUCGUAGGUUUAUAAAAGGAUUUGCCAAAAUUGCAAAGCCCUUGACAAUUCUUCUUAAGAAAAACCAGGACUUCAAAUGGACAAACAAAGAGCAAGAAGCAUUUGAAAAAUUCAAGGAAAUCCUUUCCACACAACCCAUACUACAGUACCCCGAUUUUAAUAGCGAGUUUGUCUUGACAACGGAUGCAUCGAAUUUCGCAAUAGGAGCCGUCCUCAGUCAAGGGGAAAUAGGAAAAGACUUGCCAAUUGCCUAUGCAUCUAGAACUCUGAAUGAGUCCGAAUUAAACUAUAGUGUAAUAGAGAAGGAACUCCUAGCCAUCGUAUGGAGCGUCAAACAUUUUCGACCCUACCUCUUCGGAAGGAAAUUCACUAUUGUCACAGAUCAUAGACCUCUAACCUGGUUGUUUAAUUGCAGGGAGCCCAAUAGUAGGUUGGUACGGUGGAGAAUUAAAUUAGAAGAAUAUGAAUAUAAGAUUAUUUAUAAGAAGGGAAGCCUAAAUGCAAAUGCCGAUGCACUCUCCAGAAAUGUCUAUAUAAACGUACCAUCGUCCGACAAAUCCGAAAGAAUCCAUCCCAAAAGUAAGGAAGAGAUUAAGAAAAUUUUGGUAGAAAACCAUGAUUCUAAACUGGCUGGACAUUGUGGAUUUUGUAAAACCUAUCAAAGAAUCAAACAACGUUAUUAUUGGAAAACAAUGAAGAAUGAUAUAAAAAACUAUAUAAGAAGUUGCAAGUCCUGCCAAGUUAACAAAAUUAAUUUUAAACCUAUUAAGGUGCCCAUGGAAAUAACAACUACCUCUAAGCAAGCUUUUGAAAAAUUGGCCAUAGAUGUCAUGGGACCAUUGCCAACCACUAGUGAGGGAAAUAAGUUCAUUCUGACCAUGCAAGAUGACUUAACCAAGUAUUCAUACGCGGAGCCCAUACCGAACCAUGAGGCGAGAACAAUAGCUUCGAAGAUCUCCAAAUUCGUGACGUUAUUCGGAAUCCCUAAAUUUAUUCUGACAGAUCAAGGCACUGAUUUUACAUCGAACAUAAUUAAAAACUUAAUGAAAUUAUUUAAAACAAAUCACAUAAAAUCUACUCCAUAUCAUCCGCAAACUAAUGGAGCAUUGGAGAGAUCUCAUCUGACCCUGAAGGAAUAUUUAAAACAUUAUAUAAACGAGAGACAAGACGAUUGGGACGAAUUUAUUCCUUUUGCCAUGUAUUCCUUCAAUUCGCACACGCAUACUUCCACAGGUUACACUCCAUAUGAGCUUUUAUUUGGCAAGAAACCGUUCAUACCGAAUUCAUUGAUAAGAAAAUCUACACUCAGAAAAUUCAUUGAUAAACCAUUUAAUAAAAAUUACGAUGAUUAUAUUAGUGAUUUAAAGGAGAAGAUUCAAAUCAGUCAAAAAUUAGCCAGAGAGAAUCUAAUAAAACAUAAGGUGAAGUCAAAACAAUAUUACGACAAUAAGAUCAAUAUUCACGAUUAUAAGAUUGGAGAUUUGGUUUAUAUAAAAAACAAUUUAACUAAAAUAGGAAUCAAUAAAAAACUUAGUCCAAAAUUUAAAGGCCCAUACGAGAUCAAGAAAAUAUCUGGGAAUAACGUUUAUUUAAAAAUCCGUAACAAAUUAGUUACUUAUCAUGUUAACAACACAAAACCGUGUUCUGGGUAG